UUCUCUCUCUCAAGUUCCAGAAGCAAGAUGGCCCUGAACAGUAUCCUCAACGCUGAUGACAUCAAGAAAGCCCUGGCAGCAUUUGCAGCUGCUGAUUCCUUCAACCAUAAGAAGUUCUUUGAGAUGGUGGGUCUGAAGGCCAAGUCAGCUGACGAUGUGAAGAAGGUCUUCCUGGUCCUGGAUGCUGACAGCAGCGGCUUCAUAGAGGAGAAGGAGCUAAAAACCGUACUGAAGGAAUUUUCCCCUGAGGGAAGGGACCUGACCGAUAAGGAAACCAAAGCAUUCCUACAGGCAGCCGACAAAGAUGGAGAUGGCAAGAUUGGCAUUGAAGAGUUCACUGCCCUGGUGCACCAGUAACAGUUACCUCCCUGCGGAGUAGGACUCCCCCACCCCACACCUGCUCCCAGACUGUUGCCCACACCCCCAACACGACUCUCUUCCUCCUUCCUCACCCCUCUGACCUGUCCGACAUCUAGCUCUCUCCUCUCAGCACACACCUGCUCUAGAGUAAGAGAGUUGUGUCUCUCAGAUCUCUGUGCCACCCACAAUCAUCCUGUUCAUUUUCCGGUUUUAUAAAAUGUUUGCUUUUCUGUUGAUGUGUAGAUGAUCACACUGCCGGACAAGCUGAACCUCCUGUUAAAGUACAUUAGAUAUAUCAAGAGGGAGUCCCUCUCUAAAAAGCUUCUGUUUCACUUUAUCUAUUCUACUUCUGCCACUGCUCCUUUCCUACCCUCCCACCAUCCUCUGCUAAUGAGCUGUUGUAAAAAUGAAAAUAAUUAACAAACACUGAAAUAAGUCAAGCUGUGAAAGAACAAAAUAACAAUAAAAGAAAUGCCUAAAGUA